AGUCCUCACACCCCGACAAAAGGGGACAGGACAAACUGGACAAGGCAAUGAGGAGUGCUGGACACGGACUCAUCUCAUUUCGGCUGUGUUGUGUUGAGAUCGUGAGGAGGAUCUGAUCAGGCUGCUGUGUCAGUGCAGCACAGCCUACUGAGGAGACACAGAGGAGACCGAGGAGCACAUUGAUGUCGUAGCGCGUUUCCAUAAAGGAAACAGAAGAACCCGCAUCAGUAAAGCCACAGUCACACGCGGACAGGACCUGGGCACGAUUUUCUGACAUUGUCGAGAUGUCUGAGGCGUUGUCACAGCAGGAGAGGCUCCAGGCUAUAGCAGAGAAGAGAAAGAGACAAACGGAGAUCGAAAACAAAAAAAGGCAACUGGAGGAUGACCGUAGACAGCUGCAGCACCUCAAGUCAAAGGCAUUGAGGGAGAGAUGGCUGCUCGAUGGAGCGCCCUCUGCUGGCUUGGAGGAAGAUGAAGCAAAGAAACAGCUUCAAGAAGAUGAGGCUAAAACUAAAGGACUUGAGGAGGCUAUUCUGAGACUGGAACAGGAAUUGGAGGAGUUGGAGACGGGUGUGUCCGCAACAUCCACCAAAGAAAGCCUAUCAGAUGCAGUGCAGCAAGAGGAAAUCAAGACUGUAGACAACAUGGUCACAGGAGACUCCAUUAAAGAGGUCAGAGAGAUCAAAGUUCACGUCAGCCCUCGUCUGGAGAAAUCCAGGGGUGACUCUGACAUGAUGAGAGCAGCGAUGUACUCCGUAGAGAUCACAGUUGAGAAGGACCUGGUCACGGGCGAGACCAAAGUCUUGUCCACCAACACACUACUGCCCAAAGAUCUAUCUCAUCAGGGGGUCAAAGUGUAUGAGGAUGAACAGAAAGUGGUGCAUGAGGUGCGUGGGACAGACGGCCCACUGACCAACGGCGUGCACCAGCUCAGCUCGUCCGAAGUGGAGGAGCUCAUCCACAAGGCUGACGAGGCCUCCAUGAGCGACGGCAGCAAAGCCACACCUCAACGGGUGGUGGAGACAAGCGAGAAGUUUGAGGCAGGAACAGAGCAGAUUGGGGUUACUCCAGUCAAAGAGAUCACCGGCGUAGAAGCCAAAGCAUCGCCGGCUGUGCCCCAGACAGAGGUAAAUGAUGCCAGCGCGGAGAAGCCGGUCACAAUGGUGUUCAUGGGCUACCAGGAUGUGGAGGACGAGGAUGAGACGAAGAAGGUACUGGGGCUCGAAAGCACCACAGUCAAGGCUGAGCUGGUAGUCAUUGAGGAUGGAGAAAACAAGAACGAAGCCCAGGAGGAGCAGCCACCACCCAAUGGAGGCCCGGCUGAGCCAGAAAAAGCCCAGGAAGAGAAAGUCGAAGAGGGUGAACCUGAGGCUGGCACCGCUGAAGUUAAAAGCAAAGAAAAGCAGCCUUGCAAAUGCUGCUCCAUCAUGUGAAAAAGUCCCUCAUAGGGGAACUUGGAACUUUUAUUUCUCAGAUUGGUGCAUCGCAUCACCUCACAGACAAAAUAACACCAACAAAAAAAAAAAAAGAGAGGAGAGAAAACAUCUUGUAUCUUUUGAUAGAAAGCUCUUGUUUUCUUACUUCAUUUGUACCAGUUUUAUAUUUUCCUUUAUCUUUCCAUUUUCUGUCGUUCCUGUCAUAUUCUUUAGCCUCCUCUGGUUUUGGUUUAGUUUCAUCUAAGAGAAAAGCUGUUACACGAGUGGCGCCUGAUACCUUCAGCAAAGAGUUCUGCCGAUGAAGCAUCAUUAUCGUUGCUAUAAGUUCCCAAACGUUGAUCAGCCAUCCUUUUUUUUUUCACUUUUCAUUUUUGCAUAAGAAGGACUCCGAUAUCUCUGUAACUAUAUGAUAUACAGUAUAUGAAUCAUUUAUUUUUAAUAUAUAUAUAUAUUUAUUUUAUGUUGCUUUAUCAAGCGCCCUAACAUUUUUUUUCUUUUUUUUUUUUUGCAGAAGCAUGGUGUGUGUGAACUGCUCUCUGAUUCUGUUCUUGCAUUGCAUUUUAUCUUCCUCCAAAAAUGCGGUGUGGCUGGGGAUGGGAGGGAGAGGGACUGCUGGGGUAGUGCGGAGGCUGAUCAUCUCAAAAUAGUGCAUAAUUCUACAGUUAUGACUGAUUAAGCUGUGAGGGAAAAGUAAGUCUUGGUAUAGUAAGUGUAAUGGGAUUUCAGUGGUCGAGAUGCUUAGUGGUCUGUUGACUUCAAACUUAACAUUGUGUGUGUGUGUAUAUCUGUUAUUAGAACACUCAACCACUUCUGUUUUGUGUCAGGCAUUGCCAUAAAAAAAAUCACGCUUCAGUGGCACUGCAGCUCCUCACAUUUAUUAGUUCAAGAUGUUUAAUUGCGUCUCCCAGCUGCAUCCACUAGCCACACACACACACACAUACACACACGUAUACAGUCAUGUCUGAUAUUUUCCCGCAGUCAGAUAAAUUCGACAUACUUUUCCCCACAUUAUCAGAGAUUUAAGCAAGGUUUUACAAAUAUAAUAUUUUUUAAAAAUCAAAAACUGCAUUUCCCACCAUAUACAGUAUUUUUCUUCCUCAGUUAAAGUGCCAUUCCACCAUUGGAUGUAUUCUUUGGCAUAAAAUACAAUAUAUUUUAUGACAACAUGACUAGACAGAGAAAUCUUUUAG